AUGGGAUAUAUCCAUGAGGACAACCUAAGAGCUAGGAAGAAAUUUGGCUUCGUUGCUGGUACGAUCAAGAAGCCGGAUGAAGAAUCACCAGGUUUGGAAGAUUGGUGGACUAUAAAAUCACUAUUGGUGUCAUGGAUUCGCCACAUUAUAGAACCAAUGCUUCACUCAAUUAUUUCACAUAAAGAGGAAGCGAAAGAAUUGUGGACGAGCAUCCGAGAACGGUUCGCCGUUAUCGACUGCCCUCGGAUGCAACAACUUAAGGCUGAGCUCGCGGAGUGCAAGAAGAAUGGAAGGACCAUAGUGGAUUACUAUGGAAGACUCACUAAGUUGUGGGAGAAAUUGACAAAUUACGAACAGAUUCCGACUUACAAGUGUGGAAAGUGCACGUGCAAUCUAGGGACGGCCCUAGAAACCAAAAGAGAAGAAGAAAAAGUGCAUCUUUUCCUUAUGGGAAUGGAUGAAGCAAUGUAUGGAAUGUGCAAGGGAAAAACCCUCACCGUGACCAAAGUCAUGAAGGAAAAAACGAUGAUGCAUUCUGCACAUAAUGCAAGAGAUCCGGACACAUCGUGGAUGGAUGUUUUCAACUCAUUGGCUAUCCGGAUUGGUGGCCAGGAAAUAAAAAAGGAUAUGAAAAAAUAG